CGUGACCCCGCCCCUCUCCUUCUUCCUGCGCGAGCUGCGCCGUUUCCCCCCGUUCCGUUUUCACCGCCUUUAAAACUCGCGUGCGUCACUAACGGCGGCACGAGGGAGAACCGGAGGCCGUGAUCGCGUCGGGCGGGAGGAGGAUGCGUCGACGGCCUCGAUGUGGCGACAUGGCACCAUCUCCAUGGCGACCAACUGGGUGCUGUUUUUGACCUCUUGACCUCUGACCAUCUUCUGAAGAUGGCCUCGCAGAGGAGGCACCUGAUCAGAGAGUUUAACCGCUAUAUCACCUGCUCCGUGUGCCGGGGCUACCUGAUCAAACCCACCGCCGUCACAGAGUGCCUCCACACCUUCUGUAAGAGCUGCAUCGUCCAACACUUUGAGGAGAGUAACGACUGUCCUGAAUGCGGCAUUCAAGUCCAUGAAACCAAUCCUCUAGAGAUGCUGAGGUUGGAUAAAACCCUGGAGGAAAUCAUCUUUAAGUUGGUGCCUGGUCUGAGAGAGAAGGAGGAACAACAAGAAAUGGAUUUCUGGAGGAAAAAUGAAGCCAGAUCUAAUAGGGAAGAAGGUCCCAGGGCCAAACGCUCUCGUGUAUGUGAGGAAGAGGAUGACAGAGAGGAAGGUGAGGGAGGUGAUUAUCACAGAAAUGACCCUCAGAUCGCUAUCUGCCUCGACUGCCUGAGGAGCAACGGCCAAUCAGGAGAGAGCACAGUGAAGGGUCUGAUGAAGAAAUUUAUCCGCUGCUCUACUCGUGUCACCGUCGGUACCAUUAAGAAGUUUCUUUGUGUGAAGCUGAAGCUACCGAGUUCAUAUGAGCUGGACGUCCUGUGUAACGGGGAGAUCAUGGGGAAAGACCACACCCUGGAAUUCAUCUACCGAACCCGCUGGAGACUACAGGGCGACACAGAGUACCCCAUGGUCCUUGAGUAUCGUCCUCGAAUAGACUUCGGCUAGAACCCGAACCGAGCUGCAGCGAUGGACAGAGAAAUAGAGAAAGAAAGAGAGAUCAGAACGACCACUUCGCUUCUCUUCCUCGAUGUCCUCGUCAUUCAUCCAUCCUGAUCAGUUAUUCCUGAGUGACAGGUCCUGGCUCCGCCCUUGACAUGCCUCUCCAUGGUGGAAAAAACAACAUGAAGCACUUCAGACAUGCACUUCUGCUGCGUUUAGAAAAAAAACGAGUAUGUGUCACCAGCGUCUUCCUUUUUUAUAUUGCUGAAGACGAAGGAAAGGGUUUGAUAACAUAAAAUGAGUAAAUGUGCCUCUUUUGUAUGUACACACACACACACACACACACACACAUGCACUGGAACAACAGUAAACACUUUAAAAUGCAUUCAGUGGAAAGAAAGAUGGUGGCCAUAUUAUUUUGAAACUUUUUUUUAACAUGUCUGAUACUGCUUAUGAAUAGAAUGGAGCUGAAACAUCCUGGUUAACAUACUGGUCAUCAGAGUCAUGCUAACUGGUUUCAGUAAGCGACUGGUUUCUGAUAGCGUCCAUUCAUUGUUGUGAAUCAGUGUGUUAGCAUGCCCAGGUUGUCAUUUUAGUUCUAUGAUUUUUCUAUGAUUAUUAUUAUUUCUUUUUUAUGAUUGUCAUGUCUGAUAUUUAUAAAGCCGCUCUGAUUUUAUAUGUAAAGUUUGUCUGAAAUCACAGACUCUUAGUGUUACUCUAUACAGUAGAUAGCCAGCUGUGUAGUGUAGUGUGUGACUGUAGUGCAUUGUGUGUGUUUUUAGACACAGCCACACACACCCACACACACACACACACACACACACACACACACACACACACACACAAACACACACAUAAACACAAUCUGUUUGUUAAAUAAAUUGGCAUCUAGUGUCCGUAAUUACAUCAUCAUCACCAUUUUCAUCAUCACAUCAUCUUCAUCAUAUUUUUUUUCAUCACAACCAAUUUUGUCAUCAUCACAUCAUUACCGUCUUUUCCAUAAUCACCAUCUUCAUCACAAUCAUCACCUCCUUCUCCAUUAUCAUCUUUGUUACCUUUUUCUUCGUCACCAUCUUCUUCAUCAGUGUGUAAUGUUUCAUUAAGACUGACCAGCAGAGGAAUUGGGAUGAAAAGUGAAAAAUAAAAACCGCUGUAUUUUUGUAGCUCAGAGACUAAAGUGUGUAGAGUGCUGAUGAUGAAGCUGGAUGUUUUUAAUAAUCUGAGAUGCUGCUGCUGUUUCGAGUUGUGUGUGAAUCUAUUUUAAGGUAUGAUCCUGCCGCCCUCCGCCUUGCCCCUGCCCAUGACUGCUGAACCUGACUCCAUGUCUUUACUGCUUGUAAACGAUGUCACCUGAUUGUUCCUCUUUAACUAAAAUAAUAAGCUUCAACA